CUCGACGCGUGACAGGGUCCAGCAGUUCGCGCAUGUGGCGCAGUGCGCGCCACAGCGGGCCGCAGGGCGGCAGACUCGAGGCGUCCUUGCACUUGCACCUCCCCUCCGCUCCCCUCCUCGAACUCUGCGUCAAGCAUGGACACCCAAAUCCUGGCGCAGCUUAGGCUGUUUCUCCAACACCGCUUCCCAGCGACCGCCUGCCUAUCGCUCCAUGGCCUUGACCGGACUCCACCUUGCUGCCAGCCAUUGGCCUGAGGCUUUCAGCCCAUGGGGCUGAGUCGGUCGAUGAUGCAGACCGCGUGCAUGGCCGGAGGUGCCAUGGGCCAGCCUCGUGCAAUCCCAGGCGGUUAAGUAUGCAUACCGUCGCCUGCUGGGCCGCACCGCACCUGUCUGCAUUUGCACUGUCCGUGACCCUCCAGGCUUCCCACAUCUUGUCCUGAGCUUCGUCGCACCGCAAUAUCCUGUCUCGGACUUUCCGACGCAACGCAAUCAUGGACCCAGCCAGCAUGGGCAUCGGUGCCUUUUCUCUGCUCUUCCAGAUGUUUGCAGGAUGUGUAGAUGGCUACAAUUUCAUUGCCGAUGCCUGCCAUGCUCACAGCGACUGCUAUGCCCUGCUCGUCAAGUUCAAGCUGGAGGAGAACCGCCUGAUCAACUGGGCGAAGCUCGUCAAACUUGAUUAUACGGAUGAAAGUUUGACCUUCAAUCACAUGUCCAAGAUGCUUGUUCUCGAUGUCAUGGAGCAGCAACGGGACCUGCUAAACAAGUUUCGCAAACUCGAAGACAAGAAAGGCUACCGGAAGCUUGCCAUGACGUCCCGGACCAAGACAGCAAUACAGCACGAAGCGUCGCCGGCAGCCGCGUUACUGGAGAGCGGCCAUUUGACGUCGAACAGUAACGGGCCGCCGACACUCGGAAACGCUGUCCAAUUUCCACCUAUCGAGAACGAGGAGAUAGUCAAAAAAGCAUUGCUUUUUUUGAAAAGAUUCCAAGAGGGUAUGGCAGAAGUGCCCAGACGCCUGCAAUGGGCCACCAUCCACAAAGACAAGAUGGAGGAACUGAUCGAGAAGCUGGCUGAUCUUAACAACAAGAUGCUCGAAGCCCUUGGACAAGGCCAGAUGGAAACUUUGAUCAGCAUGCAUAAGCGCACCGACUAUCAGAUUCUGGUCAUGAACCAGAAGUUCGAGCAAUUUACUCAGAUCAUCCAGUCUCAGCUACUCUCGUCUUCACGUCGUCAGAACAGGAUUACAUAUUUGGAAGAAUCGGAUUAUGACGAUCUCGACAGCCAGCUCAUCCCUCACCAUCGCCGGAUAGAGCCUCUUGGUGCGCUUGCGCAAUCGAAAGCUCUGCACCAGGCGAUUGAAGGCUCGACCGUGAUCGACUACGAGUUUGCUGAGACUCUUCGAUUGCCUGAACCUGCCCGGGCCAGUGCCAUUCGCGAGACACAGCUUUCCAUCCGCGACAUACGCGCCAAGGACGGUGGUGAACUGCAAGACGACGAUGACGACUCUAACCGCACAGAAGCAUCCUACAACGGCACGUCUGUGUGGAUUGAAUGGAAGGUUGCAGAACCGUCGACUCUCAGUCACAAUGGCGGUCUCGACCCAAAGAUCGAAGAGCGCGUGAAGAAGCUUGCAGCACUGCUCAAGUCGAACAGCAGCGCCGACGAAAGUGCAGACUCUAUCCAGUUUCGCGCGCCUCACUGCCUCGGUUACUUCAAAGACGAAGAAUACAGCCGCUUUGGCCUCGUCUUCAAAAAACCCAGACGCGCAUCCACCGAACCCCCCGUAUCUCUCCACGCCCUACUCACCGACACUAGCGUCACCAUCCCCUCGCUCACCGAUCGCAUUCUACUCAUGCGGUUGCUUGCUGAGACCAUGGAGCGUUUGCACGCCGUCGAUUGGCUGCAUAAGGGCUUGCGGUCCGCUAAUAUCCUCUUCUUUAACCACCCCAACUCCGCCACCAUCAACUAUGCCGAUCCCUACAUAUCCGGCUUCGACUACUCGCGCCCCGCUGGUCGCGACGACAUGACCGAGCGCCCCGCCGACGACCUCGCCGCCGAUCUGUACCGCCAUCCAUUCGUCCAGCGCCAGGGCAACAAGGGUGGCUUCCGCAAGAUGCACGACCUGUACGCGCUCGGCACGCUGCUGCUGGAAAUCGCGCGCUGGAAACCGCUUGCACAAAUACUGGACAUCGAUCUCAAACGUGCUAAGCCCAAGGAUGCGUACCAGGUGCGCGAGAGGCUGCUGACGACCGAUCCGGGGUUGCUCAGGGAUGUGCGGAGUUUUUCGGGAGACACCGUCGAGAGAAUCAUCAGGACGUGUUUGGACGGGCCGGAGGCGUUUGGUUUGACUGAUGAUGGGGAUGGAGCAGAGUUGCAGAGGGCGUUCGGCGAACAAGUGGUUGCGCGGCUGGAGCAUAUGAGGGGCUUGUAGGUGUGUAAGUGGAGCGGGGAGGGUGUUGGGGCGUUUCCGUUUUGAGCAGCGUUCUUAUUCAUUGUACUUUGCAGACGUGAGCUGACGGUUUAGAGGCGGCGUUACGGCUAUCUGAUUAAUUCACACAAUAACAUACCUGGGUCGUUGAACCGCGGGUUAACAUUCCCCCUUCGCUUUCAAGCAAGCGAUUUUUCCAAUCGCACUUUGAGCUGCAUAACCAGAUAGCAAGUUGCACAUCGUCUUCAACAGACGCCAACGCGCCUGAUUAUCACAAAGCCUGACUUCCAUGGCUCCUCUUGGAACGUCUCGACAUCCUCUCACGUUGCAGAAUAAACGGUGAACCGAGAAUAUA